AUGGAUGCGCUAACGAAGGAGAAGGCCGACCUGGUGCAGGAGCUCGAAGACGCCGAGCAACGGGGCUCGAACAUCCGCGUGGAUAAGGACGCGCUCGAGGCCGAAAUGGAUGAGCUCGAGUGGCAGCUACACAAGCUGAAGAAGGGCCUGGAGCUUGAAGCAUCCGCGAAGAGGACGACGACGCCGCGGCUGAUAUUCGAAAUACAACCGGUAGAAGUGUCAUAUGUCGCUGGCUACCAAGCGAAGCUUCCCUGCGACCUCACACCUAGUGCUAAGGACGAGGAGGCCAUUAUGCUACUCUGGUACAAGUCGGAGAUCGAAGGCUCGCCAAUCUAUAGCGUAGAUGGGCGUAGCAAACCCCUUGGGCAAGGUAGGCAGUGGUCCGACCCGAACGCCUUGGCCGACCGGGCGAGGAUGAGGUUGACGGGGCAGCACGCGGACCUCGAGAUCGAGGGCCUCACACCCGCAGACGCGGGCCUUUAUCACUGCAGAAUCGACUUUCCGAAUAAUCCGACAAGGAAUCAAAAGAUCAAUCUGACCGUCAUUGUGCCGCCCCAAUCACCGGAGAUCUACACUAACGACCAUACGUUGGCGAAAAAUCUGCAGCCGUUGAACGAGGACAGCAGCCUGAUGCUCGUGUGCGAGGUUACGGGUGGUUCACCUCCGCCACGCGUCACUUGGCAUUGGAACGGCAAACUCCUCGACGAGACCUUCGUCCAUGAAUACGAGGAGCUCACUGUGAAUCGUCUUGACAUGGAUUGCGUCACCAGGGAUUUAUUGAGUGCUCAACUCGUCUGCAUGGCCAGCAAUACACACUUGAUCGAACCAGCAACUGCCGAGAUCAUUAUCGACGUCAAUCUGAAGCCAUUGAUGGUGAAUAUUACGAACAAAGCUUUCCAUCUCUCUGCUUUGAGGACAUACGAAAUUGAAUGCAUAAGUUCCGGUUCAAGACCAGAGGUUGUGAUAACUUGGUGGAAGGGUACACACCAGAUCAAGCACAUGGCUAGAAAUUUUGCAGAAGGUUCAAACAUGACAAGGAGUGUAAUGAGCUAUGUGCCAACAAUUGAGGAUGACGGCAAAUUUCUAACCUGCAGGGCAGAAAACCCAGUCGUUUCAGACAGUGCGCUUGAAGAUAGAUGGCACCUAAUUAUACAUUAUGUUCCGGUAGUGACAAUCAAGCUGGGUUCGAGUUUGCGCGCAACGGACAUCAACGAAGGCGACGACGUGUACUUUGAGUGCGAGGUCAAAGCGAAUCCCAAGGCAUACAAGCUUGCUUGGUUUAAGGAUGGUAAAGAGCUCCACCACAAUGCUUCGGCGAACGUCAUUCUACCUGGCGGUCAUUCUCUCGUUCUCCAGAGCGUAACUCGAAGUUCAGCUGGCGAGUACUCCUGCAUGGCAGCCAACUACGAGGGGAAAACGACUAGCCGACCGGUCACACUUGACAUUAUGUAUGCCCCGGUUUGCAAGGACGGCACUACGGCGCAAGUCGUCGGGGCCCUCAAACACGAGACGAUAUCGUUGGUGUGCGGCGUGCAGUCGAAACCACCACCCCUCACCUUCCAAUGGACCUUCAAUAACUCCGGCGAGCUGAUGAACGUCCCGGCGAGCAGAUACGCCCAGGUGAAGCCCCAGCAUCUCAUUACGAAUCAUUGGCAUGGCUCCAGGUUGAACUAUACGCCCGCGGGUGACAUGGACUACGGGACGAUGGCCUGUCUGGCGACUAAUCAGAUCGGCGCGCAAAAGGUGCCCUGCCUCUUUCAAAUCAUCGUCGCGGGAAAGCCCUAUCCGCUGCAGAACUGUUCGGCCCUUCAGUCCACCGGGCCCUACGCCUACAGAAUGGGUCAUGAAGAUUUUAAAGCAACUGAUGCCAAAGACGCCGAUUGGUUGAUAGUACGCUGUAACGAAGGCUUUGACGGUGGCUUGCCUAUCACAAGCUUUGAGCUCGAAGUCUACAGCGACGAGAGCGUUUAUCACGUCAACACAAUUUACAUUAAUCACACAGAUAAGGCCGGUGCUUUCGGGCCGAUCUUUGAGGUACCAGGCCUGGAGCCCGGAAGGAAUUACCGACUUCUUCUCUACGCUGUUAAUGCCAAGGGUCGUAGCGAUCCUGUCGUCCUCGAGCCCGUGACGCUCAAGGGUGUGGCCAUGUAUACUACAGGUCGCGACUCGAGCGAGGAUGCAAUGGACUAUAGCCUCCUGGUGGCCUGCUUCGCUGGUGGCAUAACCGCCAUCUGCAUCCUCAUCGUGGGUGUGACGUUGACCUUGUAUCGCCGUAGUCAUCCACUCCAGCCGAGCAAGAUGCAAACGCAGGUCGUGCACUACGUCGGCACCGGAGCCGACGAUCGUUCAGCCUCGGCUACGGUUAGACACGAGGAUCGGCAACGAACGCAGCAGCAGCAGCAGCAGCAGCAGCAGCAGCAGGAGCACCAUCAUUACCAUCAUCAUCAUCACCACCACCAGGCGCAGACGCAGUUGACAGAGUAUCCGGCAGCCGCGGGUCAAGAGUACGAGCAGCGGCGAAUCGAUGCGCCGAAGAAUCUUCAGGCAGGGACGGCGAUAGUCGCGUCGAUGCUGCCGGAAAAUCCUCGCGCACCCACCGGGCAAAACGACGAGGAUCCGGAUGUCAUACCACCGAAUAAAGCCGAGAGGCGGCUCAACGUUUUCGAGCCAAAUUACGUGCCGAAGCCCGAGCGCAUGAAAGACUCGCAGCGCCAGAUUCGAGGCGCCGACGACUUGGGCCGCCACCACCAAUUGGCCGGGGUGUCGACGCGACACCAACAGCUACUGCACCCGCUGGAAAAGGACAGCUGGCUGCGUCAGAACGGUGGCUACCAGCUCGUCGACAACGGUCGAUCGCAGGUGGACAAGAUACAGGCGUGCAGUCCAACGAGGCCCAGCACAUUGCCGGUGCACCGGACUCACGACAUCUACACGAGGAGCCUCAGGGUUCAGGAGAGUUGUAUAUAAUUGAGUGCGAUGUCGAGCGAGCUGGGCGGG